GGCCGCCAUGUUGGGAAGGACGGCGCGGUGGCCUGCAGGGACCCGGCGCGAGCACGGCGUGAGGCACCGAGAGGCGCCCGGCGGGCCCCGCGGCGCUCCGCGUGACGUCACCCCGGGAGAAAGCUCCGAUUGGCCGCCGGAGCCUGGCGCCACACGUCGCCUCCUGCGAUUGGCCGCCUGCGAGGCGCGGGCAUGGGGGAGCCGCGGCGCGCUGUGCGGCGGUACCGCUUCGUGGGGGACUCGGCGGGAGGAGAGGAGCGCGCGGUGCUCGUGCUGCGCGUCCCCGAGGUGCUGGACCCGCAGUAUGGCAUGUACGCGUGGCCCUGCGCCGUGGUGCUGGCUCAGUACGUGUGGUUUCACAGGAGAACACUGCCCGGCCGCAGAGUGCUGGAGAUCGGUGCAGGUGUGAGCCUACCCGGAAUAGUAGCUGCCAAGUGCGGUGCUCAGGUGACACUGUCAGACAGUGAGGAGCUGCCUCAGUGCCUGGAAAUCUCUCAGCAGAGCUGCUUGCUGAACCACCUACCCCACGUACCUGUUGUAGGCAUCACCUGGGGUCGCAUAUCUCCAGAACUGCUCUCUCUUGCUCCCAUAGACAUAAUUUUAGGAUCUGAUGUCUUCUUUGACCCAAAAGACUUUGAAGAUAUUUUAACUACAGUUUACUUCUUACUGGAAAAGAAUCCACAUGCUCAGUUCUGGACUACUUACCAAGUCCGAAGUGCUGACUGGUCUAUCGAAGCUUUGCUCUACAAAUGGAAAUUGAAGAGCAUCCACAUUCCAUUACAUUCGUUCAGUGCAGACAAAGAACACUUGGCCAGCUCUUCUCUACCCAGCAGACAUACAAUUGAAAUGAUGAUCAUCUCACUAGCAAGAUCAGAUGGAGGACACAGCUCCUUCCUCUUCCGGAGACUUGGGAGGGCUCUUAGACCUGGAUCUGGAGUUGGAUUCCCUCUUUGAAGUUGGUGGAGGGCUCCUAGAUCU